AUGCCAGGCUCAGGAGGAGCAGACUCAAAGGGAGAAGAUUUCUCCACUGCCAUCCUGAAGCAGAAACAGAGACCAAACAGGCUCAUUGUGGAUGAAGUUCUCAGUGAGGACAGCAGCAUUGUCAGCCUGUCACAGAAUAAGACGGAGGAGCUGCAGCUCUUCAGGGGGGACACAGUGGUGUUGAGAGGGCGGAAACAACGUCAGACGGUGUGCAUCGUCCUGACGGAUGACACCUGUGGAGAUGAGCGGAUCCGGAUGAAUCGUGUGACGCGCAGCAACCUGCGCGUCCGGCUUGGCGAUGUCAUCAGUAUCCAUGCCUGCCCUGAUAUCAAGUAUGGAAAAAAGAUCCAUGUUCUCCCUAUAGAUGAUACCAUUGAGGGCCUGACUGGGAGCCUCUUUGAGGUUUUCCUCAAACCGUACUUCCUGGAGGCUUACCGGCCCGUACACAAAGGUGACAUCUUCCUGGUGAGGGGCAGCAUGCGGGCGGUGGAGUUCAAGGUGGUGGACACAGACCCCAGCCCUCACUGCAUCGUUGCCCCAGAUACCGUCAUAUACUGUGAGGGAGAUCCAAUCAAAAGAGAGGACGAGGAGGAGAGCCUAAAUGACAUCGGCUACGACGACAUCGGAGGCUGUCGGAAGCAGCUGGCCCAGAUCAAAGAGAUGGUGGAACUUCCUCUCAGGCAUCCGGGUCUUUUCAAAGCUAUAGGAGUUAAGCCCCCCAGAGGUAUCCUGCUGUACGGCCCUGCAGGCACAGGGAAGACCCUGGUGGCCCGAGCUGUAGCCAAUGAAACUGGCGCCUUCUUCUUCCUCAUCAAUGGUCCUGAGAUCAUGAGUAAGCUGGCGGGAGAGUCAGAGAGCAACCUAAGAAAGGCCUUUGAGGAGGCAGAGAAAAACGCUCCAGCCAUCAUCUUUAUUGAUGAGCUGGAUGCAAUCGCUCCCAAGAGAGAGAAGACCCACGGCGAAGUGGAGAGGCGUAUAGUUUCCCAGCUCCUGACCCUGAUGGACGGCCUAAAGCAAAGAGCUCAUGUGGUUGUCAUGGCAGCAACAAACCGACCCAACAGCGUGGACCCUGCUCUGAGACGCUUUGGCAGGUUCGACCGGGAAAUUGACAUUGGAAUCCCAGACUCGACUGGCAGACUGGAGAUCCUGCAGAUCCACACCAAGAACAUGAAACUGGCUGACGACGUCGACCUGGAGAGGAUUUCCACAGAGACCCAUGGCCAUGUAGGCGCCGACCUGGCUGCUCUGUGCUCAGAAGCUGCUCUGCAAGCCAUCCGCAAGAAGAUGACCCUCAUAGACCUGGAGGACGAAUCCAUUGACGCUGACCUGCUCAACUCACUGGCUGUCACCAUGGAUGACUUUGAAUGGGCGCUGAGUCAGAGCAACCCAUCGGCUCUGAGAGAGACUGUUGCAGAGGUGCCGCAGGUCAGCUGGGAGGACAUCGGAGGACUGGACGAGGUCAAGAGGGAGCUGCAAGAGCUCGUUCAGUACCCCGUCGAGUAUCCGGACAAGUUCCUGAAGUUUGGGAUGACCCCGUCUCGUGGAGUGUUGUUCUACGGCCCUCCGGGCUGUGGGAAAACCCUUCUGGCUAAAGCCAUUGCCAACGAGUGCCAGGCAAACUUUGUCUCCAUUAAAGGACCUGAGAUGCUCACCAUGUGGUUUGGAGAAUCAGAGGCCAAUGUCAGAGACGUCUUCGAUAAGGCCAGACAGGCAGCCCCCUGCAUCUUGUUUUUCGAUGAGUUAGACUCCAUUGCCAAAUCCAGAGGAGGCGGUGCUGGGGACGCAGGUGGUGCGGCCGACAGAGUCAUCAACCAGAUACUCACAGAGAUGGACGGCAUGUCCGACAAAAAGAAUGUUUUCAUCAUUGGUGCCACGAACAGGCCUGACAUCAUAGACCCAGCCAUCCUGCGGCCAGGCCGUUUGGACCAGCUCAUCUACAUCCCGCUUCCUGACAAACCAUCUCGCACCGCCAUCCUAAACGCCAACCUACGCAAGUCUCCUGUCGCACGAGACGUGGAUUUGGAGUACCUGUCCAACAUCACUGAGGGUUUCUCUGGAGCUGACCUGACAGAGAUCUGCCAGCGGGCUUGUAAGCUGGCCAUCCGUGAGGCCAUCGAAGCCGAGAUCAAAGCUGAGCGUCAGAGGCAGAGCAGACCAGGCAUCCCCAUGGAUGAGGACUUUGAUCCAGUCCCUGAGAUCAGAAAGGACCACUUUGAAGAGGCAAUGCGAUUUGCCCGUCGCUCUGUCAGUGACAAUGACAUCCGCAAAUAUGAGAUGUUUGCUCAAACUCUGCAGCAGAGCCGAGGUUUUGGAAACUUCAGGUUCCCUUCUGCUACUGGUACCCAGUCUGGAGGUCAGGGGUCAGGCUCUGGGUCAGGGAGGCCAAAUCUGUACAGAGAGGAAGGCGAUGAAGAUCUCUAUCAGUGACAAAAACACAUCAUAGGGCUACACAGUGUUUUCCUCUACUGUGCUUGGCUUCCUUGAAGGGAGGGAAACGGAUGAAUACAAGAGGUGGAAAUGGCAAGAAAAAAGGGAAACAGGCCGACAUAAUUAUAAUUACAAGGAGUUUUUUUUUAAAUUAAAAAACAUUUUUUAUACAUGUGUAAUAAUGUGAAUCAAACAAGAAAAUCAGCUGAAAAUGUCUGGCUAUAAAUUAUCUUAUAAUAUUGAGAAUUUUCAAUGUAAAUGCCAUUAGCACUGAGAUAAAACAAUAAAUGUGCCAGCCAUAAUAACAUCAAAGCUUGGGGUUACCACUGUAAUCUGUUUGCACAAUAAAAAUUAUGUAAGUUGCAUGUAUGUGU